UGUUCUUGCCCAAAACCUGAAAUGCCUCCUCUGUUUCUUCCUUCUUCUUCUUCUUCCUCUGCUCUGUUUCUACUUCUUCUCCUCCUCUUAACUCUCCAAACCCUAACCUCAAUCUCUCUCUCUCAGCCGGACACUCUCCGUUCACCGGAAAAGUGCGGAGACUUCUCAGUCUCCUUCCCUUUCCACCUCUUAUCCUCCUCCUCGUCCGUCGCUUUUCGACUCUCCUGCACAAACUCCUCCACUCUAUAUCUUCAUAUAAACCACCAAAGUUACCGGAUCAUCGAGUUCUUCGCAGACGGUCUCCUCGUAGACUUCCCUUCAUCUCCUUCUUGUCGCCAAUUCAACGACUUACGAUCUUUCCCUUUCUCCGCAAACCAGUUCUUCUCCAUCUCUUUAGAAAACGUGAUCGGUCUUUACGACUGUGAAGAUUCUUCUCUCUGUAAAGCCGGCUGCGAAACCAACGAUCUCAUUGGUUGUGACGGAAGAGAAGAAGACGAAACCUCCGGUGGAGAUAUCGGUUGUUGCUACCCUCUGUCUGAUCACAGCGCGUGGAGUGCAGGUGAUGAUUUCUCUGUUUUUAGUAGAUAUGGAUGCAGAGGAUUCUCUUCGUGGGUUGUUCCAAGAGGGACCAAUAGAGGUAAACGAGGAGUUAAAUUAGAGUGGGGGAUUCCGAGAAACUCUUCGGAAGCUAUUUGCGAUCGUGAGGCUCGAACAGUUAACGCUACGGCUAUUGAAGGAAGUGUUCGAUGUGUGUGCCGUGAUGGCUUCGUUGGCGAUGGCUUCGUCCAUGGAACCGGUUGCUUAAAAUCUUGUUACAAAGACGGUAAGGAAUUAUAUGGAGACAAAUGUGAGAUCAAGAAACACAAGGGGAAGAAACUCACCGUUUUAGCCGGAGUUUUAGCUCCUCUGUUCAUACUGGGAUCACUGUUAGCUCUCUUCUGCCUUCUUAAACGUCCUGUAACAACUCAUACAGAUCAACAGUUCGAUAUCUCUACAGCAACUACUACUACUAGUGUUUCGUUUCGCAAAGGUUACAACAAGACUCGUCUCUUCACAUACCGUGAGCUAGAAGAAGCCACCAAAGGGUUUCAAGAUUCACAUAAACUCACACAAGGCAAAACCGGAACUAUCUAC